AUGGCAGGCAAAUCAAAAUGUGAGGUGGCCAGACUCCUGGGCAGACCCUUCAGGUCCAUUUGGUCAAGAAUAAAGUCGAUUGGUAUUAAACCUCCGCGGCUCCGGGAAUAUUACACGGCUGAAGAAACUGCAAAGCUCCUACACCUCACAAAUAAAGGAGUCGCUUGGGAGGAGAUUCGAACACACUUCCCGGAUAGGACUUGCACGGCAUUGCGAAACACACAAGCCCGACUGAAAAAUGAAAUCUACCAACCCAUGAACAACAUCAAGCAUCGUUUCUCUCGCGAAGRGGACAGACGUAUACUUGAUUUGAGAGAUAACGCAUCAUCGCCGGCGUCUUGGACCGAGAUCGCUCGAAAGAUGGGCCGUACCCCAUACGCAGUUCAAUCACGCUACACUCGAUGUGUACCUGAAAAAGCUUUGAGAACCACCGCCUUGAAUCCUCGUCGGUGGACUGCCGCUCAAAUGGAAGGGCUCCGUGGAUACGUGUCAGAGGGUAUGCAACCUUCGGACAUUGCCCCCAGACUGGGUAGAACUGAGACGUCGGUCCGGAACAAAAUUCACUGGAUCAAGAGGGAUUUGAAUGACGUCGAUCCAAUUGAUGCUCAGAGACUACGACGCCCUUGGUCUGCUGAAGACUCAGAGUACCUACGUGCACUUGGAGCGGGACGCCAUGACUGGGCGAAGCUUGCAACACGUAUGGGCAGAAGCGCGCAAGCUAUUUACAGCAAGUGGUACGCUCUUCGACAAGAUUAG